CUAAUCUCUAAAUAACGGUGAUGCCAAACGAAGUCUCAGACAUUCCUUUGAAACAAAAAUAUGGCCAAUGCCACACAACAUGAAAACUCUCAUUUCACUUUGCAUCUUCUUCAUGUUCUUUCCUCAUGGAGGGGCAUAUGAUCCCUUGGAUCCGACCGGGAAUAUCACGGUAAAAUGGGAUGUAAUGUCGUGGACACCCGAUGGCUAUGUUGCGACCGUGACCAUAAACAACUUUCAAAUGUAUAGACAUAUUUUGAGCCCGGGGUGGACCCUGGGCUGGACGUGGGCUAAGAACGAAGUCAUUUGGUCCAUGGUGGGUGCGCAGACCACAGACCAAGGUGACUGCUCCAAGUUCAAAGCCGCAAUACCACAUUGCUGCAAGAAGAGCCCCAGUGUGGUGGACUUUCUUCCUGGGGUGCCCUACAACCAGCAGUUCUCAAACUGUUGUAAAGGUGGGGUCUUGGCUUCUUGGGGCCAAGAUUCGCAGUCGUCCGUCUCUGCAUUUCAGGUCAGUGUCGGCCAGGCGGGAACCUCCAACAAGACUGUUAGAGUACCUAAGAACUUCACCUUGCUUGGCCCGGGAUCGGGAUACACUUGUGGCCCUGCAAAGAUAGUCCCAUCUACUAAAUUUUUGACUUCGGAUCGUAGGCGAAACACACAAGCCCUUAUGACAUGGAAUGUGACAUGCACAUAUUCACAAUUUCUAGCACGUAAGCACCCGAGUUGUUGUGUUUCACUCUCGACGUUUUACAACGAAACCAUAACCUCGUGCCCGCAUUGUGCUUGCGGUUGCGAAAAUCGAAACAAGUGCAUCAAGAAGGACUCACAAAUGCUAAGAAUGGUUGGGGUAAAUACGCCAAGGAAAGACAACUCGCCAUUGUUGCAGUGCACACAACAUAUGUGCCCUAUAAGAGUUCAUUGGCAUGUGAAGAUCAACUACAAAGAAUACUGGCGCGUGAAGAUCUCUAUAACAAACUUCAACUAUAGAAUGAACUAUACGAUGUGGACUCUCGUCGUUCAACACCCUAAUCUCAAUAACGUGACACAGGUUUUCAGCUUUGAUUACAAACCACUCGUCACCUAUGGAUCCAUCAAUGACACAGGGAUGUUCUAUGGGAUGAAGUUCUUCAAUGACUUGUUAAUGGAAGCUGGGGAGUAUGGGAAUGUCCAGUCAGAGGUUCUUCUGCAGAAAGAUAAGGACAGAUUCACCUUCAAACAAGGGUGGGGGUUUCCCAGGAAGGUUUACUUCAAUGGAGAUGAGUGCAUGUUGCCACCACCUGAUACUUACCCCUAUCUACCCAACUCUGCCCCCUGCCUAAACCUACUCCUCUUCUCACCAUUAAGUUAUUCAAGUCUUUGGCUGCUUUUUAUUUUCUUCUGAUCGAAAAACCCCUCUCGUCAUAUAGAAAUUUUAAAGAAGCAAUGACCCCGUUUACAGGAUUGGAUGAGACUUCUAUUCCAGAAAUGUAUUCCGUCUCCAACUGUUGGAUUGUCGCCGCGUGUACUUAGCAAUGGCCAGUUAAAUACACGCAACGCCAAUCCCACUGCUGAAAUAAAAAUGGAGUAAAAGUUUGGAAUAAUAGAUCUCAUCCCAAAUCCCCAUGGAGUGGACAUGGAGGUAUACACUAAAAACUUCAAGUAAUGAGAAUUUUUGUACCAUUACAUUACUAUGAUUGGUUUGAAGAGCACAGAGAAAUGAGCUAUUCUAUGUUA